AUGAAACUAAUCCUAAUUUGCGCUCUAUUUGUGGCUGUGGCGUAUGCAGAAGAUAAAGUUGAUUUCAUCUCAAACGAGUCGAAUGUGGAAUACAAUGGCAAAUUCUACUACCUAUAUGAACUACUCAACGGUUCGAAAGCUACACAAAAGGGCGAACUGAAACAGAUCGGAAAGGAUCAGUACGGCGAGGCCGUCCAAGGAUAUUUCUCAUACCCCAGCGAUGAUGGCAAGGUAUACUCCAUAUCUUACACAGCCGAUGAGAACGGCUAUCGGCCAGUCGGCGAUCAUUUGCCCACACCGCCGCCCACGCCCGAGUCAGUGCUGAAAACCCUCAAAUAUAUUGCCGAGCAUCCCUAUAAGCCCAGCGAGAAAAAGCACUAGCGCACAGACUGCUGCUCAAACAUAUAUAU